AUGGUGAAGAACAAAAUGGGACAUUUUAUCUUGCUUGCGCUUCUGCUUGGUUUCCUGCCAACAGGUAAGGUUUUUAAUCUAAAAGCGCUUUUAGAUACGCCUCUAACAUGUAUUGAGCUUUAUUACUUACAAAACACAACUGAAUUGUUCGUUGUCUUGAUUCUUUCCAAAAUAAGCAUGUUAGAAUAAGUUAAUAAUCGACAGGUGUAAACAUGACAAGGCCAACAAGUCAUGGUCACGUGACCGUAAGGUGUUUACAAGCAGAUGGGUGUUCUGGACAAUUAAUUUACUUUCUAGCUUCUUACAUUAAACCUUGCUAUAAAUUAUUGUAUCAGAGUACUAAUUUGCACUUAUGUAUACAAAUUAAGAAGUUUGAAAAACAGUUUUUAUUAAACAUUUGAAUGCUCACACAUCCUUUUUAUUUUUUACUAUCCUCUCAUUCUAUCUCACCACUCUCUGUCUUUCAGAGGUGUUUUCCAUCCAGGUGAUUGUUCCUCAGACAGAGAGGAGUACGGCUCUCUUUGCCUCGGUCAUCAUACGCUGUGACUACUCCACCUCCGCCAACGCACAGGACGUCCUGGUCACCUGGCGCUACAAGUCCUUCUGCAAGGACCCCGUGCUGGAAUUCUACUCCACAGGUGAGAUGUUAAAGGACAGGUAAACGAGUGAGGGCUGCAUGGACACUAGUGUUGCCCUCCCUCUGUCUAUACGUUAUCAUAGUCUUCUUAUAAUGGGGCUGUGGCGAUUGUGAUGUCAUAAAUCGAACUGCAGAGCUUGUGAGGUAGCAACAGGGCUGUGGAGAUUGUGAUGUCAUAUUGUAAUAGAGCAGUGAAAAUUGUAAUGUAAUAAUGGAACUGUGUAGUUUGUGAUGUCAUAAGGUGCUGUGGCGAUUGUGAUGUCAUGCUUUGGAGAUUGUGCUGUCAUAAUGGGAAUAUGACGAUUGGGAUGUAAUAAUGGAGCAGCAGAGAUUGUGAUGUCAGAAUUGUAUAGUGAUGCCAUAAUGAGGCUUUGAAGAUUGUAUGAUGUCAUAGUGGUGCUGUUGAGAUUGGGACACCAAUAUGAUAAUGGCGCUGUUGGUGUAUAGUGAUGUCAUCAUAAUGCUUCCAUUCUCCUCCUGCUGUAGCCUAUCAGGCGGCUCUGCAGCUGGGCCAGGACCCAGCCAAUGACUGUCCAGACCGCCAGCGCACCGUUCGCACCGUCAUCCAGAAGAAGGGCACCAAUGAGGCCACCCUGGGCUCUGAGUAUCGGGAGCGCAAGAUAUCCAUCCAAAACAGUGAGUGUUACCCCAACAUAGUGAGAGAGACCCCAAUUCUCAGAUUUGUAAAUGUUGCAUUAAGUGUUAUCAUGCACAUGUACAGUAAGUGCUUGUGUGUGUGUGUGUGUGUGUGUGUGUGUGUGUGUGUGCGCGCGCACCUGCCCUCCACAGAGGCCGACCUGGUUAUGAAUGAGGUGAUGUGGUGGGAUAAUGGUGUGUACUUCUGCUCCAUCGACGCACAGGGAGACACUACAGGAGACUCAGACCGCGAGGUCAAACUCAUUGUUUACCGUAAGUGACUGCAAAUGUUUUUUGCUUUUUCAGGAUGUGUUAAAACUCUCAAAAUGUUCACUUAUACAUAGGGCAUACAUAGUACAUGUAGGGCAACCAAAUGUAUGUACUUGCAUGUUCCACCAAAGCAUUGCUUUCCUGGGAAAACCGUGGAGUGCCUGUGGCGCAUCAUUAAAAAGUGCUCUUAGGCUUGAGGACCAACUGUGCAGCUAAUGUGUUACACAAUAGUGGGUCAUGUUUCAUUCUUCCAUAACUAUGUUCCAGGGGUUCUCUAUGCAAAACAUGCAUUCAACAAACAGUACACCAUGUAAUGGCCUAUUUUGUCUCCAUAAGAAUAUGAGUGACCAUAUAUUAGUGUAGAAACGUGGCGCUGUGUGUGGAUCUUUAAAAACAAUGUGAGUAACACAGUAGAAAAACUCCACUACCCACUAUGCACUUCUGUAGAUCUGAAAGGAUGGCAUAGGUACAGUAUAAACAAAAUGAUAGUAUCUCCAGCACGACAUGCAGCGGAGGCACGCGUCGACACACAAAUCGAAGUGAGAGUGGCGAGGGGAAGGGGUCGGUUUGGGAUUCAGCCCACUGCUCUCUCCUCUGUUGCUAAGUACAGUGCCUUCAGAAAGUAUUCACACCCGUUGACUUUUUCCACAUUUUGUUGUGUUACAGCCUGAAUUUAAAAUGGAUUAAAUUGAGAUUUUUGUGUCAUUGACAUUAUGGGGUAUUAUGUGUAGGCCAAAGUGGAAUUAUGUUUUUAGACAUUUUUACAAAUUAUACUGAACAAAAAUAUAAACGCAACAAUUUCAAAGAUUUUACGGAGUUAGAGUUCAUAUAAGGAAAUCAGUCAAUUGAAAUAAAUUAAUUAGGCCCUAAUCUAUGGAUUUCAUAUGACUGGGCAGUGGUGCAGCCAUGGGUGGGCCUGGGAGGGCAUAGGCCCACCCAUUGGGGAGCCAGGCCCAGCCAAUCAGAAUGAGCUUUUCCCCACAAAAGGGAUUUAUUACAGACAGAAAUACUCCUCAGCAGCACCUUUAUAUUUUUGUUAAUUGUAAUAAAAAAUGAAAAGCUGAAAGUCAAUAAGUAUUCAACCCCUUUGUUAUGGCAAGCCUAAAUAAGUUCAGGAGUAAAGAUUUGCUUAACAAGUCACAUAAGUUGCAUGGACUCACUCUGUGCAAUAAUAGUGUUUAACAUGAUUUUUGAAUGACUACCUCAUCUCUAUACCCCACACAUACAAUUAUCUGUAAGGUCCCUCAGUCGAGCAGUGAAUUUCCAACACCGAUUCGACCUCAAAGACCAGGGAGGUUUUCCAAUGGCUCGCAAAGAAGGGCACCUAUUGGUAGAUGGGUAAAAAUAAAACAAACAGACAUUGAAUAUCCCGUUGAGCAUGGUGAAGUUAUUAAUUACAUUUUUGAUGGUGUAUCAAUAUACCCAGUCAAUACAAAGAUACAGGUGACCUUCCUAACUCAGUUGCCGGAGAGGAAGGAAACCGCUCAGGGAUUUCACCAUGAGGCCAAUGGUGACUUUAAAAUAGUUAUAGAGUUUAAUGGCUGUGAUAGGAGAGAACUGAUGAUUGAUCAACAACCUAAAUGACAGAGUGAAAAGAAGGAAGCCUGUACAGAAUACAAAUAUUCCAAAACUUGCAUCCUGUUUGCAAUAAGGCAAUAAAGGAAAACUGCUAAGAAUUUGGCAAAGAAAUGAACUUUAUAUCCUGAAUACAAAGCCUUAUGUUUGGGGCAAACAGCACAUUACUGAGUACCACUCUUCAUAUUUUCAAGCAUGGUGGCGGCUGCAUCAUGUUAUGAGUAUGCUUGUCAUCGGACUAGGGAGUUUUUUAGAGUAAAACAAAACGGAAUAGAGCUAAGCACAGGCAAAAUCCUAGAGGAAAACAUGGUUCAGUCGGCUUUCCAACAGACACUGGGAGAAAUUCACCUUUCAGCAGGACAAUAACCUAAAGCACAAAGCCAAAUAUACACUGUAGUUGCUUACCAAGACGACAUUGAAUGUUCCUGAGUGGCCUAGUUACAGUCUUGACUUAAAUCGGCUUGAAAAUCUAUGCCAAGACUUGACGAUGGCUGUCUAGCAAUGAUCAACAACCAACUUGACAGAGCUUGAAGAAUUUAAAAAAGAAUAAUCUGCAAAUAUUGUACAAUCCAGGUGUGCAAAGCUCUUAGAGAUUUACCCAGAAAGACUCACAGCUGUAAUCGCUGCCAAAGGUGAUUCUAACAUGUAUUCACACGGGUGUGAAUACUUAUGUAAAUGACAUUUCUGUAUUUCAUUUUCAAUAAAUUUGCUAACAUUUCUAAAAACAUGUUUUCACUUUGUUAUUAUGGGGUAUUGUGUGUAGAUGGGUGAGAGAUUUUGUUUUAUUUUUUUAAUCCAUUUUGAAUUCAGGCUGUAACACAACAAAAUGUGAAAUACGUCAAUGGGUAUGAAUACUUUCUGAAGGCACUGUAUGUGUCCUACAUGACCUCUUGACCUCUGUUCCAGAUUGGCUGACGGUGCUGUUCAUCAUCAUCGGGGCUCUGCUGCUCAUGAUGCUGUUCUGUAUCUGCUGUUGUCAGUGCUGCCCCCAGAAAUGCUGCUGCUACGUCCGCUGUCCCUGCUGCCCACAGACCUGCUGCUGCCCUGAGAAAGGUACCACACUCACACGAGUGAGCGCACACCCACACAGUGAUACACACACUUAUUCACACCUCUCCUCUCUCCCCAGCGGUGAUGCAGCACAGGAUGAUGCGAGAGGCCCAGAAGUCAAUGGCCCCCUGGAUGCACGGCCAGCCCAUCUACGCCCCCAUCAGCAACCACACCUCCCAAGGCAACCCAGUGAUGUACUCAGGUCAGUCUUAUAAUGUUGUUAGUUUUGUACCCUGCAUGCUGUGAAACUAUCUCCUGAACUCCGGUCAAUGUUAUAAUGUUUUAUCCUCAAGGUUCUCCCCAAAGAAUGUAAGAGAGGCGCUGCGCCACCUUGUGGACUGGCUGCGCCACUAUGUAAAAAUAGAAACACAAAAAUCUCUGGGCACCCCCCCCUCCAGGCCUCCCCCCGGCCGUACUCAGAAGCACCACUUGUUAAAGAAUCCUGGGGAGAACCUUGAACCAUGCAUGCUGUGAAAUGAUCUACUGGUCUCAGGUCAGUCUUAUAACAAUGCUAAUGCUGUGUGAUUCGCUAUGUCUCCAGGCUCGUUCUCCGAUGGGUACCCUACCAAGCCCAACUUUGCCAUGGCCCCGAUGGGCCCCUCGCCCCUGCCCCUCCAGCAGCAGCCUAUCCCCCAACACCACAUGCCCCAACACCAAUACGGUAUCCACCACGGUAACGGCAGCAUGCACGGCGGGAGCGUGCACGGCACCAACCAGAUGCUGGACUUCCUGGAGAGCCAGGUGAGGGGGGUGCACAGCCAGAUGCCCCCUCCCCCUCAUCAUCAGCACCUGCCCCACCAGUACCAUCCCCAGGGAGUCUCCCAGGGAGUCCCCUUCACGGCCGGCCCCCCCAGCAUGCUGUCUGCCCUGGAUGAGAUGGGGGUGAGGGGGGUGGAGAGGAGGGUGAUCACCUUGCCCCCCAUUGUCCAGCGGGUCCCCAGUUUCUCCUCUCGCAGGGGGAAUGGAGGGGGAGGAGGAGGGACCAGUGGCGCACCCAGAAUAUCCAGCCAAUCCAGCGGCAGCUCCAACCGCACUGGGGGUGGCGGCGGUGGGCGUUACAGUGACAACCGGCGUGACAAACACGACCCCUCCCCUCCGCGGCAGGGCAUCCUGCGUAGCUACAGCGAUGAGUCAGACUGGGGCGACCGAAGGGGAGGGCCGAGGAGGGAGGGGCAAGGCUCAGCUGGGAGGAGGACCGGAGGAUCUGGGUCAGCGCCACGGUCCCGUAGUCGUGACGACAUGAUGGAGGAACUGCGUCGGUCAGCCCCCGCCAGGCGAGACAGGAGCCACUCACCUCCUUCCCGUCGUCAAGGGUCCUGGAGCUCGGAUGAGGAGGACAGCAGGAGGGGGGGAGGAAGGGGGGGCAAGGGGAAGCUGUGGCCAGAGAAACCCCCCAGCUACUCCUCCAUCGAGAUCCAAAACAGCAACAGGAGGAACUACGACCGCUACUCA